AUGAAGGGAGUUUCGCUUCCCUGCGGGAAGCGAUGCCGGUCUGAAGACCGGCGCUCCUCGCGCUCCAGGGCUACAAUCGCCAGCCGCUUGCCUGUCCGCUCGAUCCUGCGUUACGGGGCUUCCCCCCUGACUACCCCGGCCGAACCGAUCGCGGACUUCGACCAGAACUGGCAGGGUCUCGCGGACGACAUGAUCGCAACCAUGUACGCGGCUCCCGGUGUCGGCCUCGCCGCACCCCAGAUCGGAGUGGGCGUGCGUCUGGUGGUGAUUGACAUCACCGUCGGGGAAAAGGACGGCGAACUGAUCGUGAUGGCCAAUCCGGAGAUCCUCGAAUCGCGGGGCAGCCAAUCCGAAGAGGAGGGCUGCCUCUCGGUUCCGGAGUACUCCGGCGUGACCCGGCGGCCGGGUUGGGUGCGAGUGCGCGGGCAGCGUCUCGACGGUUCGUUCUACGAGAUGGAGGGCGACGGAUUGCUGGCGCGGGCCUUCGCCCACGAAGUGGACCACCUGAACGGCCGUCUCUUUCUGGAUCGGCUCGGACUCCUGAAACGAGAUCUCAUCGUUCGUAAGCUGCGUCGCCGCAUGCGUCGCGGCGACUGGUAA